AUGGCGCGCAUCACCCUGGAGGACCUGGACGGCCUGGGCGAGGGGGAGGAGGAGGAGGAGGAGGAGGAAGGCGACGAGGAGGAGGAGGAGGAGGAGGGCGCGGGGGCGCGGGCGCAGCUGUUCGCGCACUGGGAGGCCGUGGCCAGCACGCACCGCGUGAGCCUGCCCCGAGACAUGGCCGGCCCCAUCGCCCAGAUGACCCGGCUCGGCAGGCUGCGGGAGCAGCUGCCCUACGCCACCGUGGCGCGGCAGGACAAGUGUGAGGAAGCAGCCUACGAGGAGCGGCAGUACCCAGCUGGGAAGUGGGCCUAUGUCACCAAGGGGGAGCCCAUGUAUGAGCAGAGCAUCUCCAUGGGCUUCAUGAAGCUCAUGCGCUACAUCUGCAAGGAGAACUCCAUAGGUUGCUAUCUGGGCAUGACAGUCCCAGUGCUCAACGAAAUUCACCUGACCAAGGAGGGGACCGAGCUGGCACGUGAAGUCCUAACAGGCUUUUACCUCCCAGGAGCAUUCCAGCAGAAUCCCCCUGUCCCCACGGACCCCGAAAUCCACAUCACUGAGAGGGCGCCGCUCCGCGUGAUAACCAGGGUUUUCUAUGGGAUGACCACUGAAGAGACAAUCCUGCGAGAGAUCAGUCUCUUCUGGGAGCUCCUGGGCUCCACAGACACUGUGCUCCGGGAGACCUACAUCGUGGCCGUUUACGAGAAUCCCAGCAUCCCUCAGCGCCGCAAUGAGAUCUGGUUCAUCCGUCGGGCGGAGUGAAGCCCCUCCUUGACUGCAAGUCAUCCCAUGACUGAACCUGGCGUAGAUGGCAGUUCUGACCUGAAGGAGGUCAAUGCACAUCCUGACCCACCACUGUUCACCCACGGACUGGCAGACUGGCAGAAGGCAGGGUGGGGUCGUGCUCUGCCCUGUGCAAGCCUAUCCAGGGGGGAACCUGGGGCAGUAAGCGCUGAGCAUGGGCUGGGGCAAUGUGCUGGCCUGGCCAGAACCUUUUUUUAUCUCUGAGCUGGGAUUGCAGAACCAUGCCAGGCACACAAGUGGGCUUGUGGCUGGCAGUCAUGGGCUGAUGGCAUUGAAAAGGCAAAUGCCUGCACCUGAGAGACUGGCUGCUUGUCUGAGACAGAGCGACUGAAACACUGUUCCAGGGACAGUGGGACUUGAAGGGAGUAAGGGCUGGCCACAAGCAAGGUGUUGCGGAUGCCGCAGGUUUCCUGCUGGGGCAGUUCUCCUUGGACUGUCGGGUGUGGCUGACCAUCCCUCAGCCAUGACGGAGACGCUGGCUGCCUUCGUCCAGCAGUUAUGGGUGCUACUUGUGGAGCCGCUGCGCGCUGAGGGGGGCAGGCCCCACCAGCAGCAGCACCACUGUGUGUUGUGUUGUGCAUCGAUCACCGAGUUUCACAUCCAUGAAUACCGUUGGGCUUUCCUGGGGGAAGCUGGCAGUGCCAACAGCAAAUAAACCUUGCUCAAACCA